CCGACCUGCCAGUGUCGAUACAGCAGCGGUGGUCGCUGGUCGGCCUCGAGCGACCCAGACGUUAUGUGAAGAAUUAAAUUGGAGUCCUGCUGGCUUUGGCUGGGUCCGUAGGUAGUUGCACGAAUCUUAUAGAAAUCAUGGAAGAAGUCUUUCAAAACGGCAACUAUCAGAGGGAGGCUAACGCCAACAACAUGAUCGCCGUAGAGACGCGGAAAGAGGACUGCUUGUUAGACCAUAUGGAGAUCUCAAUAGUAGAAGCUGAAAAAAGAGCAAAUAAGGCGCUUAAUCUAAGAGAAUUCUAUACGGUAUAUCUCAUUGAAACUAAAGUUACUGAUCCAGAUUUUAAAAACGCGCUAACUAGAAUAAGCUCAUUAUGGCGCCGAUAUACCGAAUUUGAAUUGCUUCGCGCUUAUUUGGAAAUUUCUUAUCCUUACAUUGUAUUACCGCCGUUACCGGAGAAGAAAGUUCUUUAUGCGUGGCAAAAAGUGACGACUGAUACAUUCGAUCCCGACUUUGUCGAUCGUAGAAGAGCAGGUCUUGAAAAUUUUCUUAUAAGAGUGGCGUCACAUCCUAUUCUCUCGCGCGAUGAACAUUUUAUGGGAUUUCUCCAGCAGAAGGAUGGUUGGAGAGAGAGUGUUAAAGAAACAGGGUAUCUGCAAAUUGCAGAAUCGAAAUUGAAAGCGCUUAGUGUAGCAGUACGAUUAAGGAAACCGGACAAACGGUUCGAAACUAUAAAAAAUUAUGGAAUCGAGCUGCAGAAUAAUUUGUGCAAUCUUCUGCGAGUGCGUGCACGCCUCGUAGAAAAACAACAUAAUCUAUAUAAGUUGCACGCAAAUUAUGGACGCGUCUUCAGCGAAUGGAGUGCGAUAGAGAGAGAGAUGGGCGAUGGAUUGCAGAAAUCAGGACACUACUUGGACUCAUUAGCGGCAACGAUAGAUACCACUCUCGAGGAGGAAGAGCUCAUAGCCGAUCAGCUGAAGGAGUGGCUGUUUGGUGCUUCGGCAUUGCAGGCUGUAGUUAGACGCAGGGAAGCCCUGCAACUUGCGAAGGACGAGGCACACGAUGCCUUGACCGCCACGUUCGAACAAAAAGAGAAAGUUAUGCAAGGUAAAGCCGGUCUGAUGUCGCGCUUAUUCGGCUCCGUGGAUACGGAGGAAGUUCGCGAGCUGAAAAUUCUUCAGUUGGAACAGCGAAUCGCGCAGCACGAUGAAGCUGUAAAACAAGUGGAUGAAGAUCUAAAGUCCUUCUCUAUCAAAGCCAUGAUGGAUAUCGAGAGAUUCCAGCAUCAGAAAGUCGUCGAUCUGAAAGAGACUUUGGCAGCUUACUGUGUCUUGCAAUUUAAAUUAGCUAGGAAGGGUCUUCAAGCUUGGCAGCACAUCAAAGGUUGUCUCGAAAGUAUGCCGUAAAUGUGUUUAUGAUGAAGCAGACUGUCACAGAACAAUAAUCGUUUCCGCGUCUUUUGCGAUACACAUUCCUGUAUUUGUAAGUUUACUCAUGUCCUACGCUUAUUAUCAUAUCGAUGUAUAUGAUGAUUAUUAUUUAAUGUUUUAAACUUACGUAUAGAGGAUAUUAUGUAUGUAUGUAAUUCAUGUUGGAUAUACAUAAAUAUGUCGCAAUACCUUAAAUAUUUAUAUGUAUUUAAUACACCGCUUACGUGCGGGCACGAUUAAUCAUUACAAUCAAUGAUGCGCGAAAAAGAGAUCGUAUUUAAUUGAGUACAUAAAACCAAAACGCGAUACGAAAAUUCCUCGCAUCUUAUCAAACUUGCUAUAUACAAAUGAUCGUAAUGUUGAUGUAAUUUUUUAUACACUUUCUUUCUCUCUCCGUUAUAAAAUAAGCACUUUGAAUAAUUACAUAUUUUCGCUAUUAAAUCCGAUUUAAUCUUUUCAUGCAGAAUUAUAUUCAUUUUUAAAUAAAUGUGUAUAAUAUAUGUAUUUGUAUUAUCGAAAAUUAAUAUGCAUUAUCAAUACAAAUUAAUUGUAUUUAUUA